AUGUGUUUGUUAUCAUAAUCGUCUGUUCCGUUCGUUCAACAGUUUUCACGUGUUUCGAUUUGCAUAUUUUUCCUUAAAAUGAGUGAGUUUAUCGAAAAACGCCGCGAAUUAUCUAUCCAGGAGUAUGAGUUUAUGAAACACCUAAAGCUCUUCACGGAUGAGGAGAUCCAUGGUAUAAAAAACAAGCGGUUCCAACACGAACACAAAGUGGAACGCAGGUCUAAAGAACUGCCGGAUUUCAUAAAUUACAUCGUUUACGAAAACAAUGUUCUGGACUUGUUGAAGGAGCGCCGUAAAAAGCUUCGGGUUCAUAACGGCAGGCACAAUCUAGAGAGUUGUAUUUUCAACCGCAUUCGAACGCUGUACAAGCGGGCUAUAGAUCGCUUCCCGGGCGAGUACCGCUUGUGGACACACUACCUGAGACAUUGCGAGAAGCACAAACUCGAAACGGAGGGUUCCAGAACUUUGGACAAAAUGUUGAACUACCAUGGAGACAAGCCAAAGAGCUGGAUCACGGCAGCGAACUGGGAGUACAAACAAAUGAACAGUAUGGACAGAGCGCGACAUUUCAUGUUCCGGGGACUGCAGCAGCAUCCGGAGUGCAGAGAUCUUUAUUUGAACUUCUUACGACUGCAGCUUCAGGAGGUGGACACAAUUCUAGAUACGGAAGAAGAUAUUGCUAUGCUGAUGGAAGUAGAGAGCUCACCACUUAAGCGCGCCUUGGAAUGUUUGAAAUUGAUUUACGAGCAUUACAAACAUAAGGAUCAAGAUUUGGAGUUUUUCGUUCAGUUAUUAGACAGUCUGAAGAAGUGUGAAGCAACGAAUAGUUUUGCACUAGUGGUACUGGGAGACAUGAAACGGUUGUUUCAGGGCAAGGAACUUAUGUGGAAUACGCUGGCAUUGUUGGAGCUUCGUGGGUCUUAUUUACUGCACGGAACGGACGACGAAGGAAAGAAAAGCGAAAACACAUUCAAAGAAAAUCUUGAAGCUUGUGUUCAAAUUUUUGAGGAAGCUGUUCAGAUACUUCCUACUAAAACAAUGUGGUCUUACUAUAUUGACAGCAUGCUGAAAAUUAACGAAGAUAUGUCGUCACACCAAAAACUUCGUCGUAAAGCCCUAGGAGUUGCCUUCAAGAAAGCUUUUGAGAAUGGUUCUCUCGGUGAAGACAAAUACGUUCAGUACCUCAAGUUAUUAAUCCACACUGAUAAACCCCAGGACGCCUUAGUUAAUGGUGUUUUGGAAAAAGCGCUUGAUGCGUAUCCCAGUUCCGUCAAACUCUGGGAGUUAAAUCUUCUAUAUUUGGCACGUAAACAGGAGCCGUCGGAAAAGUUCGAUAUCGUGUUCAAACAAUCUUUAAUCAAAUGCGGAACAGAUGUGUUGUCCCUUUGGAUUGCUCGUUUCCAGUACUAUCACACAAGAACCGAUUUAUCCGAACGACUGGAGCAAACUUUUAAAGAAGCUAUCAUUCAAUCUCCGAUCGUUUCAACGCACUUCCAACCGCUUUAUUUGGAUUUCCUGGCAAUAACGGAAGACAUCAAUGCAGCCCGUAAACAAUAUCGCCAAAUGUUGCGAAACUGUUGUCCGUGCCUGCAGCUCCACAGAAAAAUGUCACAAUUGGAAUCCAUCCAGGCUCAACCAAACAUUGAUCAGUGGCGUUUAUGUCAUGAGAAUGCCACUCAAUACUUUGGAACAUCGGAAACAUCAGUUUGGAUUGAAUAUAUUUGCUUUGAGAAAGAUGUUGGCAGUCCUAAACAUAUGCCAACCGUUUUUGAAAGAGCAAAAUCUCGGCUGAAUGGCGAUUUGGUGGCCAGGUUAAUCACCGAAUACGAAUUGUUGAGGAAUCCUUCAGCUUAGACAAACAAGUAUAUAUCCAACGUUUAUAUAAUAAAGAAUUGUUUCACAUAAAAUAUAACAAACAA